AAAAACUAAGACGCUGAAUGGCUCUCCUGCUUGUCAGUCAGGCUCAAGGUUGGUUGUACGCCAGUGAUUGUUGAUGUCCUGUCAAAAGUCAGCGAUCCUCCGAGUCUAAUCACCGAUAGCAGUACAAGAAAAUGAUUUAAUGCAAAGAUCAUCAUGGACUUCUUCGGACGUAUCGUGGCUACAGUGAGCAACGUGUCAAACCUUUUCUCCAAUCCCUACCGUGUGAGGGAUGUACAGUUAUCGGAGUACAAUGGGAAAGUUCUGUUGAAACAGGAGGGAAGGCUGGUCCUAUACAAGAACCAACAGGGCCAGUCAUGGGACUGCCUGCUACUCUGUCCCGAGUCAAAAUCUGUGGCACUAAGGAUGUUCCAGGUAUCUGCCGAGGAUAGUGCUAUGAAUUGGUUUCCUCAGUAUGCACUCAAACUCCGCCCCUUUUACGAGAUGCUCCGCCCACCACUGAAACCUGAGAUGCUUCAGCCAAUCGUCGACUGUAUUCGCAAUCACCCGGACUGGAGCUCCGCCCACAUCGCCGUGGAUACCGGACUGCGAGACUGCUUAAAACACAAUUAUGUUUUGAGUCAAAUGAACUCACGUGACGCUCAGGGUCAAACCCCGCUACACCUGGCAUGUGAGAGGGGAGAUGUGGCCUGCGUACGCGAGUUGAUAGAGGAAUGCCAGGCUCGCACGGACGUCAAAGACAAGAACGGAGAGACGCCCAUGCACUGCGCCGCUAAACAAGACUCCUCUGUUGUUGUAGAGGUUUUGUGCUCUCAGCUCUGUGCCGGUGUUAAUGAACUGAAUGCUGCCGGAGAAACGCCGCUCCACAUUGCUUGCCGCCUCGGCAGGGUUGGGGCGGUCAAAGGCCUGCUAGGGGGCGGAGCCCGCUGUGACAUCAUUGGGAGUAAGGGCUAUCCAAUCCACAGUGCCAUGAAGUGUAGCGAGAAAAGCUGCGUCGAAGCAAUUUUAUCCGUUAGCCCGAAUCAAGUUCUGGCCGAGGAUCCUGUUUAUGGUGGGACGCCUCUACAUUGGGCCAAAACUGCCGAGAUGAGUCGUCUACUGCUGGACCGAGGGUGUAAUGUUAACUACCUGAGCAAGACUGGAGAGAGUCCAUUACACAUCCUGACCAAGAGGGGGCGCUUUGAGGCUGCAAUGACACUGCUUACCCACGGAGCCGACCCCAACAUUAAAGGCCAGGAUGGAAAUACAGCCCUUCACCUUGCUAUGAAGUUGGAUCACAUGGACCUGAUCAAAGCUCUCAUGGUGUUUGGAGCAGACGUCGAGGUUUACAAUGAUCUUGGAGAGACACCGGGACUCAUCGCGGCCCGCACCAGCAAGGGGCCCAACCGCAAGGUGCUCUUGAACAUGCUGUGUAGUGUAGGGGUUGAACGGUGUCACCCCCCCUCCCGCGACACCCCUCCCCCAAGAGUCAGCAAAGCUCCGCCUCCUGCUAUAGGGUUUGAUGACAUCGUGCAUGUGGCGGCAGCUGUUGCUGCCAUGAGCAGGGGAUAUGCAGAGGUAGAUGGGCCCGAAAGAGGAUGCAAGAAAAUGGAGAGAUUGCUGUGCCUUGAUGGUGGAGGAAUAAAGGGUCUGGUUCUGAUCCAGUUGUUGAUCGCUCUGGAGAAAGGGUCAGGUCGGCCCAUUAGGGAACUCUUUGACUGGGUUUCUGGAACCAGCACUGGGGGCAUUUUGGCCUUAGCUAUUGUACACGGUAAAUCGAUGGAGUAUCUGCGCUGUUUGUACUUCAGAAUGAAGGAAGAGGUGUUUAAAGGCCCCCGGCCGUAUGAGUCUGGCCCACUGGAAGAUUUUCUCAAGAAAGAGUUUGGAGAGAAUACCAAGAUGGCGGACGUCACACACCCCAAGGUGAUGGUGACUAGCGUACUUGCAGACAGGCAUCCAGGAGAACUGCAUCUGUUUAGGAAUUACGACCCACCUGUCCUGCAAAGAAACCCUCCAUACACGUCUACGGCCACGUUUAAACCCCUAACUGUACCAGAAGGGUGGGAGGAUGAAGAUGUUUUGGUAGUAGGAUUUUCUCGACCUCCCAGAAAGCGUAGGAAGGUGACAGACGAAGAACAAUUAGUUUGGCGUGCCGCCCGCUCCAGCGGAGCCGCUCCUACGUAUUUUCGGCCAAUGGGGCGCUUUCUGGAUGGGGGUCUGCUGGCCAAUAACCCCACGCUAGAUGCCAUGACAGAAAUACAUCAGUACAACAAAGCCCUAAAGGCACAGGGCCGUGAGAUGGAGGUUUGCAGGUUAGGUGUGGUGGUCUCAUUGGGUACCGGUAAACCACCACAGGUGGCUGUGACCUCGGUGGACGUUUUCAGGCCUUCGAACCCUCUGGAGCUCGCCAAGACCUUCUUUGGAGUCAAAGAACUGGGCAAGAUGCUUGUGGACUGUUGCACAGACUCAGAUGGCUGUGCGGUGGACCGAGCGAGCGCCUGGUGUGAGAUGGCCGAUAUAAACUAUCACAGGUUGAGUCCUCAGCUGUCUCAAGAGGUGAUGUUGGAUGAGGUCAGUGACUCUGUGCUGGUUGACAUGCUGUGGGAGACUCAGAUGUACCUGUAUGAGCACAGAGACGUUAUACAAACCAUCUGCCACCAGCUGCUGCAGCUCUGACACCACAAACUCUUACAGAUUAUUACAAGCUUAAUAUGCAAAAGAAGUUAUGCACUUGUUUACAUUGGUGUAUAUAACAUAUGAAGAUAUAUUUGUGUGAUACACAAGUUGGGCUGAGGUCAAAAUAACAUACAUGAAGUAUAUGACUAUAAAGUAUAUGAAGAAGGGUGUUGUGAAGUGCUUUACCGAUUUUUAUGGAUGCUACUAUGCUCAGUAUUUCUGUAUGUGUCAUUUUAAAGGAAUGGCAAACUUGUAGCUUUCUCUAAAAAAUUUUUUAUCUAAAUGCAUUUAUUUAACUAUUUAACUAUCUAACAUUAAUGGGGGGAUGUUUUUCAAUCUAUCAUGUAUUGGAUUUGUAUACUUGAAUUUGUGUACUUCUCAGUCUGUGAUACAUAGAAAUUGUAAUUAAAGAUGAUACUGACGUUUCUUUUAACAAUGAAGAAGAUCACGCACUCAGUACCUCCUGCAUUCCUCCUUAGCCUUGUUUUGAAUUCAUUAUUUUGGGGUUUUGUUGCUUUUUGUCUACCAACGGUUUUGUCAUCAUGAGUAACUUAUACUUGACACUGGAAGCAAAUCUGUUGUUUGGAGAUCAAACUGACAUUUUACCAUAACCUGCUGCUGUGUAUGGGGAGCCAAUUCUGCCAUAUUCAUAAAUAAAAAAAUAUACAAGGAAAUGUAAAAAAACAAAAAUACAGAAAUAAAUAAAGAA